AUGAUUGGCAACCGUUACGGCGCAUCAGCCGGACCAACCCUCUCAACUCUCGUGCCCCACGGCUCCCAACAAGGAACCUACAUCGUGACCCUCGCCCCAAAAGGCGAAGAAAUCCACACCCGAAUCUUCAACAUUCCCGAUAUCGACAUUUCCUCGAUCCCAAACCCAAACAGCAUACCACCACACCUCCCCUUCCCCCGCCGCGACACAACAUCCUGGCCCUCCGACACCAAACCGCUCUGCUCCGAUAGCCCCUGGAUCACCACCGCCGCCUUCACCUCCCACCCCAACGGCGCCCGCAUCGCCUUCGCAGCACAGUGCGCCGCCCUCAACGGCAAACGUCUCGGCUACCGCGAGAAAAUCUACGGCCAUUGGGGCGAUGCGGUGGCGUAG